AAUUAAGGCUUUUGAAUAUUCAUAAUGUCAAACACGGUUGCAUUGAUGCGAAGAAGUAAUCACCGGUAGCCAGCAAGAUGGCGAAUCUUACGGAGGUUGCUCGAAUUUGCCGGUUAUCUUUUGCAAAUAAGGUAACACAUUGUAUAGCUGGUGUUUCUGUUUCUAGUCAACGAAAUGCAGCAACCUACAAUCCUUCUGUUGUGCCAAGAGGUCGAGGGGGCAGAUCAUCCUUUAGUGGAAUGUCAGUUGGUGUAUUUGGAGCAAGUGGCUUCCUUGGCAGAUACAUUGUCAAUAGGCUAGGCAAACAAGGAACUCAGAUUGUAAUUCCUCAUCGCUGUGACCCGUAUUAUGUUCUGCAUAUGAAAUUGAUGGCUGAUCUAGGACAGAUUCAUUUCCGGGAAUUUACAGUGCAGGAGCCAGAGAAAAUAAGAGAAAUAGUCAAACACUGCAACGUUGUCAUCAAUUUGUUAGGACAAGAUUACGAGACAAGUAACUUUAAAUUUGAGGAUAUCCACAUCAAAACAGCUCAGAUGCUGGCACGGAUCUGCAAAGAGGAGAACGUUGCCAGACUCAUUCACGUCUCAGCAUUGUCUGCAGAUAUGGCUUCACCAUCAAAAUUUUUAAGAACAAAGGCUGCUGGAGAGGCGGUAGUGAAGCGAGAAUUUCCUGAGGCUAUCGUCAUCCGGCCAGCUCAGAUUUACGGAUCAGAAGACCGGUACUUCAAUCAUUUUGCAAAUCAGAGAUUUUUUGGAGGUGUACCACUCUACCCAUCCGCAUGGAAGACAGUCAAGAGACCAGUGUUUGUUACAGAUGUUGCCGAAGGAAUUGUUUUGGCUUGCAAAGAUAAAACAGCUGAUGGAAAAACAUUUGAAUUCUAUGGACCCAAGCCUUACUUAUUGAGUGAUGUCAUCGAGUACAUCUAUCGUAUUACAAGGAGACCAUACAUCAAGUACCCAGUACCAAGACCCAUUCUAAGAUUAGCAGCGAGAGGCUUUGAACUUUACCCUUUUACCCCGUGGUUGACCAGAGAUAUGCUGGAGCUUCAACACAGUUCAGAAAAUCCAACUGACGGACUGCCAGGUCUUGAGGAUCUUGGCAUCAAGCCAAAAAUUAUGGAAGAGAAUGCUAUUGUUGGACUAAGGCGUCACCGUGGCGAUAUUUCUUAUCAUAUUGGAAUUGAUGACAUUGAACCAGUUCCAGUGGCAAAAGUAUAAUGACAAUGAAAGCCAGAGAUUCCUGAUAACCAAUUAGCAUCAUGAACAUUUAGUAGAGAAUGAUGCAAGUAAUCAUAAGCAGAGAUGUGAUUGGAUUAUUCAUAUUUCAAUUUGCAACUGUUGUCAGUAAACAAUGCUAGACUUGAACUAGUACACAUUGUUUAAAAACGCCACUAAAACCUCUCACAAUUGUUUAUUUCAAGUUUUCUGUACAUAAUAUCCGAUAGAUAAUUAAAAUGCUUGAUCAAACAGUAACAAAAUAUUUAGUUUUCUCAUGUAAGCAAUAUUGCUCGUCAAUUUGAAGUGAACUAUGAACUUGGAAAAUGUACAAUAAAUAUGCGAGUGUUAUCCAA